AUGCUUAUUGAAAUAGGCAUAGCAACAUCAUCCACGUUAAUGAAAGAUCAAUUCUUCACUGAAGCUCAUCGUUCGUUGAAUAUGAGUGUUCAAAAAUAUUGGACAAAUCUUUGUUAUCAAAUAGAAUUCGAUAAUUUACAAAUAAGAUUUCAUUGUUGUGGUGCAGAUUCAUCUAAUGAUUAUCUCCACGUCAAACAACUAAUACCGACUUCAUGUUUAUCUGGAAGAAAACCAUAUUUACUGCUUCAUAAAGAAUUAGAUAAACGUGUUGCAUAA